UUCUUGUAAUAAGGUCACUUGCGUAACCUCUCUUCCUUGAAAUGUACUCGUUACUGUACUUGGCAGAUAGUACUAAUAGUUUUGUAGAUAGUAAAAUAUAUACACAAAAAGAAACGAACAGUGAAAUGUGUUUAUUUCGUUCUACACGCGGUGUACGCGCGACGUUGAAAAACCGUUCUACAAUAGCGUAAACGUAGUCGCAAUAUCAGUGUACACGAUGGCAGAAAACGAUUUCAGAAUCCCAAAUUUGCAGGACAUAUAUACUCCUUUUGGUCUACCAUUGUCUGGAAUAUAUAAGCGAAGUUACGCUCAUGUGACAAUCAGGGACAGAUUACCAGUGAUAUUAACAAAAAUCGUUGAUACGUUCUGCCAGAAUAAAAGCAAAAUUAUAAAUACAUACAGUGAGGAUGCUGAGAAGGAUAUGAAAGAGAUUAUAGGAUUUAUAAGUCAGCUGAAAAAUGAAAUAGUCACUAAUAAAACAUUGAAGCCACUGCGUUUAAACACAGCAGUUAUUAAUGAUGCAGAGGAAUGGAAUAAAUAUCUGGAGUAUCGAACACACAUAGAAGAUGGAAUUCCCAUGUGGUUUAAUACAACAUGGUUAUACUGCGAAGGCUAUAUGUAUCGUGUGUUAGCUCAAGAAAUAAGUUUAACGAAUAUCUUACACAGUUACGAUCCAUUCGAGUAUAAUAAGCAAACUGAUUUCAUUAAUUCCAUUGAUUCUAUGGACUUAAUUGCUUUGUAUAUAAAAGACAUAAUAUGUAAUAAGGAAUAUAAUAAGGACAAUUCGAAGAAUGAUUUUCUGAAGCUUUUGAAAUUGAGCCUGUGGGGUAACAGACAUGAUCUAUCUGCAACUGCAGGAUCCCCUUCUAGCCAAACUGGUAAUCCACUUGUAAUAGUGGAGUCUUUAAACCAGAAUAUAGUAGUAAACGAUUGGGAAAUUGUUUGGGACAUCAUAAACAAAAAGAUGAAAGAGAAUGAUAAUGUUCACAUAGUACUUGAUAAUGCAGGAUACGAACUUUUCACUGAUCUGUGUUUAGCAGCUUUUUUGGUUACUAUUGUACCUAUGACUAAGAUAACGUUCCAUGUAAAACUAUACCCAUGGUAUGUGAGUGAUACAACUAUUCACGAUUUUCUAUGGACGUUGAAUUACAUGAAUAAACUAAACCAUUAUCCAAAUAUCCAAUUAUUGGGCAAGACGUUCAAAAAUCUAAUGGACCGCGAAAUUUGGUGUAUCAAGGAAGAGCCUUAUUGGACAGGACCGUAUGACUUCACGCAAAUGAAAGAAAAAGAAAAGAAUAUAUAUGCCCAAUUUUCCGACGCUAAAUUAGUAAUAUUUAAAGGUGAUCUGAAUUACAGAAAGCUUCUAGGUGAUGUAAAUUUUAAGUAUAAUACAAGUUUUGCAGCUGCAUUGGGCGAUUUUCAACCAACAAAUAUUUUAAGUUUGCGCACUAUGAAAUCUGAUAUUUGUGUCGGACUACCAAAUGAUACAGCCGAAUUUUUUGAAAAUCAUAAAGAUAAACUGAUAACUGGAGAGUACGGUCUCAUUCAAGCAGCUUUGUUUAAAAUCUAAAAUAUUAGAUCUUUCUUUAAAACAAAAUUAAAAAGUCCUAUAAAAAUAUAUAAAGUUAUAUAGCACAAUAUUUGUACAUAUGCACGAGAUAUCAUGUAUCAAUAUAUGUAUAAAACUGAUGAUCAAAAAAUCUUUAUACUUUUUGUAACAUAUCUAUAUUUAUUCUGUGCUUGUAUAUUAAUUAUUUGAUCCGUUAUAGUCUGUGCAUAUAUUAUGUAUAUUUCUAUAUGUAUACACAAAAUCUAAUUACAACUAUUUUCUAAUA